UGGAGCACCAGUGGUGACCUUCUUCUCCAAAGUCUUGUCAUAAGUCAAGUGGCAAGUGGUGUUGUUGGUGUUGCCAUUAGAAGUUCAACUAUACCUGCCUUUGAAAAUUAUAUCAGAAGUCUCAACCCAUCUCACCGUCCUGAUGACAAGUUUUUAAGAGAGUUUUGGGAAAAGGUGUUUGGUUGUAGUCCUGGAGCCACACCUUUAUCUUCAAAUGCCUCUUCACCACCUUCUCUUGCAAGCACAUUGCUUCAAGAAGCUUCUCUACCUCUCUGCAAUGGCACUGAGUCCCUGGAGGGAGUGCAGAAUCACUUUACUGACACCUCCCAGUUAAGGGUGACAUAUAAUGUCUACCUUGCUGUUUAUGCUGCAGCCCACGCCCUUCACAGUCUUCUGUCCUGCUCCCAUAGAGAAAACUCUCCUGAAAAGAACACCUCUACAUGCUACUUUCCAAAACACAUCAAACCUAUAGAGUUAUUACAAUACUUGAGCAACUUGAACGUCACCACACCACAAGGGGACCUAUUUUAUUUCCAUGGUGCAGACAUUCCAGCUAAGUAUGACCUUGUCAACUGGCAGAAGACCCCUGAGGGGUCACUGAAACUUGUUUUGAUUGGUCAUGUGGAUGGGUUUGACAUCCACCUUAAUGAGUCAGCUAUUCAAUGGAGCACAGGAUCCAAUCAGAUCCCUGUUUCAGUGUGCAGUGAGAGCUGCCCCCCAGGUACCCGAAUGGCCAACAGGAAAGGGGAACCUGUCUGUUGCUUUGACUGUAUCCCAUGUGCUGAAAGGGAGAUUAGCAAUAAAACUGAUUCUCUUCAAUGUGAACGCUGUCCACCUGAGUUCUGGUCCAAUGUUGAACGAACUGCCUGCAUCCCUCGCCAGCUGGACUUCCUUUCCUUUGAUGACGCUUUGGGUAUUACCCUGACUACAACAGCUGUGUCGGGCGCCAUGGUGACAACAGCUGUGUUUGUGGUGUUUCUUUACUACCGUCAAACACCUGUGGUGAGAACCAACAGCAUGCAUCCAGCUUCUACAGACAGUUGUGAAAGGAUCAGCCGCUCCCAGGAUCUCAACAAACUCCAGCCUGGUGCCAUGAUGGGAUGCCACUGGCGCAGUGGGUCUGGUCCUGACACUUCAUGUGACCUGCAGAGUGGCCCUACCCCGGGACAUGGAGAACUCCCUGAAAGGGGGCUCCACGGUUGA